AGCUGGAAGCAUAAAAUGAAAGCCGACUCCUUCCCGGCAAACCUCCUCGUUCUUUCUCAGAAUGUCAAAGUGGCAAAGCAAAAAGCAACAGUGGAUUUACGGUCGCCGCCUACUUGAGGCCCUACGGUCGGCACGAAGCGGCCGAACUGGCCCGUUGGUCAUUAAGAAGGCAGCCGACUCCGCCUUGGCCCUAUCGGUCCGUGGUCAGUCACGUUGGAGCAGAGCGAUUCUGUUCGGCCCCUGCCGCGGAGGCAAGCCAAAGCUUAAGCUUAAAGCUUGCAGCAAGAUUCCACGGCACCGCCCAUUUCUGUCGGCUGGGAAGUUGGUGGCGGCGCAGACGAAAGGCAGGAAGGUGAGGGACCGCCUUCGCGUGUUGUCGCGGCUGGUGCCUGGUUGCAAGAAGCUGCCGGCGGCGAGCGUUUUGUCAGAGACUGCGGAUUACGUGGCGGCGCUACAGAUGCAGGUCAACACUAUGCGCGUGCUUGCGGAAGUUCUCUCGACGUCGGCGGUGGUGGCGACGAGAGGCGACGGCGAGCUUGGUGUUGAAGAAUUAAGAUAAGUGGAGAGAUUAGAAGCUUGUUUAAAAAAAAAAAUUUUGUUCGUUAUGUGGUUGAAGCUUGUGUAUUUACUUCUCAUGCUCAAUAGCAAUCUAUAUUUGAGAAAAAACUUUUGUGGUCCGUACAUAUGCUGUUCUUAAUAAGCAAAAGGUUGUAAUAAUUUGUGAUCAAGGGAGUCUUGGUAUUUUUUUUUUUUUUUUGGACAUUUAGGUCAAUAAAGGCAAAUUCAUACACACAACGCAUACACAUAGACUCGAACCUUGGACCUCUUAGUUGGAAGCCUAAGCUCUCAACCAAUAGACCAAGAAGAGUUGUGUAAGGGAGUCUUGAUAUUUUAAUAACGGGAUGAAAUGUUUGUUUAA